UAUUGUGUAAAUUCAUGGAUUUUGUUAAUAUUAAAGAAAACAACACAAUAAUAGUAAUUAGACAACUGUAGUUGUAAAUCAUGAACUGCAAAAAGCUUUGUUCUUGAGAAUGCUAUUAAGAUGUGUGGCAUCAUAUUUGAAGAAUUUGCUAUACAUUGAGAAAGUUAUAUUUUCUUUAUCUAAUUUGAAUAAAUUAACACUAGAACUAGUAAUCAAUUUUUCCUGUGCAGAUCUAAUUUGCAAAGGUUUUUAAAACUGAUGUGUAUAUUUACAAGCGCUUAUGUGAUUUAACCUUGAUUUUGGGUACUAUCUCAAGGGAUGUUUUUCACCAUUGAAGCCUGCACUGAUGGGCAGAAGCAUUUCCGAUCAGUACUUUCCCGAUUUUAGAUCACGUCCUAAAUCUUACAACGUGAUCUGACAUCGGAGAAGUUUGACGAUCUGAGGUCAGGAAAAUACCGAUCAGAUAUGCCCCUGGCCAUCAGUGCGGGCUACGGUGGUGCAUUUGGCACUUUUAGCAAAAUAAGAAAAAGAUCUCUCGAGAUAGAACCCAAAUUCGAGCUCUGUAUCAGAUUAUGUGAGCGAUUGUUACGAUUAUCUUUAACAUUUUAUAAAUAUAAUACGUAUAUAGCCUAUAACAAAUAGUAGAUAAGGACUUCGUAGUAUCCAAUAAUUGUCUUGUAUACUCAAAUUUGAAUUAACCCGUUUAUAAUUUUUUUUGUUAGAGGGAAAGACACAGGAGUCCCCACACGUAGUCCUAACAGGACUUUUGCGCCUCCCUUACUUAGGUUUCAAGGCACUCAAAAUCUAAAGCUUUUUCCAAAGCCUAUUAGAUUUCAGGGCUUUAGAUCUCUAAUUUCCUAGAAAUUGAGAAAAUAGGCCCCUAGGAAUUUUCUCCUGAUCUUGCAUAUGGCAGGACAAUUAAACCAUAUGUGCUCUGCAGGCUUUCUGCUUCGCCGCAGAAUUAUAAAUUUGUUAGUUUAUCAGUCUAUAUUAGGGGAGACCUGUGUACCUAGGGCCACAAUGUACCUAGGGCCACCCCUUUUUCCCCCCAAACUGUAGGGGGAAUUUUUAUUCUGGUGAGUUUAGUGUGUUGGCUAAACUGCUUGCAGCUCCUAUUCCUGUGUUGGAGACAAACUAAUGAGCAUUGCCAGAGGAUAUCCAGUUGAGCUAGUUUUCACUUGCAAAAGUAAUUUUUUCUACUUACCAGCUUGGAUUUUUCACUCUGAAGAUGCCCAGAAAUAAAGAGGGUAAGAAGAGAUCGCAACCAAACUCUGAAAAUGUGAUGGCUGCAGCAAAUAUGGUUCUAGAGGAUGGCGUAUCGGUGCGAAAAGCGGCAAAAGAAUCUGGAGUGAAGAGAACAACACUGCAGCGCUAUUUGGCCUACCAAACUGGUAAAACAGAUCCAACUACUUAUUUUAAUAGAUGCGCUGUGUGGACAGUGUUUACUAGAGAGGAGGAGGUUGAAUUAGUUCAGUACUUGCUACAGUGUAGCAAAAUGCAUUACGGAUUGUCUAGAACAGAAGUAAAAAAACUUGCCUUUGAUUAUGCCAAAUUAAAUGGAAAAACUUACCCUCCUACUUGGAAUAGAGAUUCUAAAGCAGGCGAUCAAUGGUACUUAGACUUCAUGAAGAGACAUGAGGCUGUAAUAAGUCUUCGCAAGCCUCAGGCUACUAGCUUGGCUCGGGCUACUUCGUUUAAUAGAGCCAAUGUAAAUACAUUCUUUGAUAAAUAUUCAGAAGUCAUUGAAAAACACAACUUUCCUCCAGAAAGGUUAUAUAAUGUAGACGAAAGUGGUAUAACUACAGUACAUAAUCCGGUCAAAGUAGUAGCAGGCAAAGGGGUAAAACAGGUAGGAUCAGUCACUUCUGGGGAGCGAGGCCUGAACACCACAAUUAUAUGUGCAGUAAAUGCCAUUGGAAACGCUGUUCCUCCCAUGAUGAUCUUCCCUAGGGUACACUAUAAAGAUCAUAUGAUCAAGGGAGCUCCUCCUGGAACAAUGGGAGCAGCUCACAUGACAGGUUGGUCAACUUCAGAAAAGUUCCUUGAGUAUUUGAAUCAUUUUAUUUAUCAUGUAAAACCCUCACCAGAAGAAAAAGUCCUUCUACUCCUUGACAACCAUGAAACACACGUCACAAUUGAAGCAAUUGAUGUCUGUAAAUCUAAUGGCAUAGUGCUAUUGACAUUUCCGCUUCACACUAGCCAUAAGCUACAGCCCCUUGACAGGGGGGUGUAUGGGCCAUUGAAAAAAUACUACAAUACCGUGUGCACAGAGUAGCUAAACAUGCACCAUGGCACUCCAAUUUCUAUCUAUGAUUUGGCUGAGAUAUUUGGGAAAUCAUACCCUAAGGCGUUCACGCAUACAAACAUACAAGCAGGGUUCAGAGUUUCCGGCAUCUGGCCUAUAAACCGAAAUAUAUUCACGGAUGACGAGUUUUUAAGCUCAAGUGUUUCAGAUAGGCCUUUGCCAGUGCAAGCACAACUUGAAGUUGAUGACCCAGGCCUAAUGGGACCAACGACUAGGCCUACUCUUGACACAACCAGCUCAGACUUGCUUGAAAACCGACCAUCAACAUCUGGCACCAAUAUUUCAAAUGAAGCUCAGCCUACAAAAAGCGUAAAGCUUACCUCAGAACAGGUGCGGCCUUACCCUAAAGCACCACCAAGGAAGAUGACUGGCAAGCGAGGAGGGCGUAAGCCUGGGAGGUGCCGGAUUUUAACCGACACUCCAGAAAAACUUGAAAUAAUGGCUAUCAAACAAGAAAAAGUCUCAAAGAAGGCUGGAAAGCUUGCUAGUAAAGAAAAGACAAAUGAAAAAAUUAACAGCCUUAAAGUUCGAUCGAAGCCAAUUGUCCUAACUUGCAAGAAUCAAAACCAAGGUCGCAAAUUUCUCACUUUUGACAAUUCCUCUACAUCUGAUGAAGACAUCCCAGAAGAAGAUUCCGAUUCAGUUGAUGACAUCUGUGACUGGCCACCGCAACCAAUGGAGAGUGAUGACGGCAUCGACAAACCAGUACAAGCAGGAGAUUUCUGUUUAACGCUAUUAAGUGGCAAGAAAUCAACUCGAAACUUCGUAGUUGAAGUGCUUGACGUGGAUGAACUAGCCAAUGUGUAUUCAGUGAAAUACUUAAAAAAAGCUGACUCCACCAGAAACAACUUUGUGUAUGACAAAGAUGACAUAUUUGAACUUUCCGGUUGUGAAAUUAUCUCCAAAUUACCCAAACCCAUUUCAAACUCGUCACGAGGUAGGAUCCAACUACCAUUUGGUGUUGAUUUUUCUGCGUACAAAGUUGAUUAAAAACCAAUGUAAUUCUAAAAUACUGUUUUUUACCUAACCAUUUAAGUAAAGGUAUAAUACCAGAUAAUGCUUGUUUAUUUACUUUGAACCCAGUUUCUAUGAAAUCACAAUUUAUUGAUUAUGGUAAUU